AUAUAUUGCGUCAUCUCUGCGCGUCUUGGGGCAAGUAAACAUUUCCGCUGUGUCGCGAUGGACUCAAACAAGGACGAAGCGGAUCGAUGCAUUAAAAUCGCCCUGAUCGCAGUCAACAACAACCAGCUCGAUAAAGCGAGGAAGUUUUUGGAAAAGGCGCAGCGUCUGUUCCCGACAGAUCAGGCCCAAAGUACGUCAAAUGAGCGUCUGUUUGAGGGGGGAUCAUAUUUCUGAUCAGGGGCCGAAUCAGCUAACGUUAGCAUAAACGACUUAACGUUAAACCAGCUGCUCCCAGUAGACCCUGGUACUUGUAGUCCUCUUAAGACCCCCUACCCGCAGUUUCUGUUGAAUAUUUUGUAGUUUAUUAUGAUCACAGAUUCACUCACAGUUCGUCUCAGGUUUCUCUGUCUCGGUGUUAGCCUCGUUAGCAUGCUGAUGGAUCAGGCUCUCUGUCUCUAUAACAUGGUCCCACUUUCUUCACAGACUUAUUGGACUCUUUGGUAAGGAAUGGGAAGCCUCCAGAUGAAAAUGGCAGUCAUGUCAACGGAGAAGGACCCUCUAUGAGACACCGCGGUCACCCGGAGGAGGCUGAUGGACCCGCACCGGGGCCUCAGGAGUCCUCCAAACCCUACACCGCAGAUCAGCUGGAGGCUGUCAGGAAGUGAGUCUACAUGUAGUCCUUAACAAAGCUGUGAUUCUGCUUUUGUUUUGUUUAAUCCGUGUUUAAGGAUGAUUUGUUUCUGUAGUUUUAUUACCUUUAGCUUUUUAAUGAAGUAGGGGAGACUGGGGUAAGUUUAGCCACCCCCUGUUUCUUGGAAAUGGUAAAAGAAAUUGAUCAUGUGACCAAAUAUUGAGGAGAUGGGCAUCAAUUCAUGGAGUCUGUGAAGGUUAGAAACAUAUGAGUGAAGGGGUUAGACAUUUAUUACCAAAAGAACAUAUUUCCUUCUUGAAAGUGAAUUUAGUCUGUCAUAAGUUUUAUUAGAAUUGUGUUCUGACCAAAAAAAGAUCAUUUUAAAUUUGUUUUAUACAUCAACUGUGGUAUCAAGGAGCUAAAACAUCAGUCCACUAUUUUAGUUUAGAGGAAAGUCAUAAUAGUAGUAAGUCUGAUGAGAGGAUCAGAGUUUCAGCUCAGAUUUUUGAAAUGUUUUACUUUUUCUUUUCAAUAAUACAGCUGUGAAUGUUAUGACCAUUUGAAUAGUGUAUGAUAGAUAAAAAUACACAUGAAUGUGAAGAGGUGACUGUUAUUUAGGGAGAGAGAAGGUAGUAGAGAUAUGGCUCAACUUACCCUGCUCCUAUGUUCAACUUACCCCAUACAUGGGGUAAGCUGACCAUAGUAGACCACUUUUUUGGCAUGCUAUAUUAUCAAGACAGUUAUGUUUACACUCAUUCUGUUGGUUUGCAGGGAUGCACAACAUCUUGAAAUAUAUGUAGAUACACUAGUUAGAGACAAAACUAUGAUUGCCUUGAUGUAGUGAUCUGAAAUAUGAAAAAUGGCUCAUCUUACUCCACUCUCCCCUACUUGUUCAAUCCUAAAAGGUCUCGAUAUAUCUGCAAUACAUUUAAAGUUAGUUUCUGUUUCUUAAGACUUCAUUCAAUCUUUAUUCCAAUUGACAACGCUUUGUAUUGUAUGUCAUGAGGAACUUGUAGGCUGAAAUUGUAGUUCUGACAGCUUACAGCUUAUUGAAGGUAGUGUAAACAAAGUACAUUUGAACAAACAAGGAUUUAAAAACUUGGGUAUCAUAGGCUUAUUUAGAUGGCUAAAUUUAGUGCAAAUCAAGGCCAGAUUCAGGAAAACAAAUAUCCAGGUUAAUCUUCUUAUUAUUGCUGGCUGACCGUCCAGAGAAAGAGUCUCAGAAAAUCCAGUCAAGUGCACAGACUGACUGAGAUAACCUCAGAGUUGUUGUAUGGUCAGCUCCUUUUCAAAAGGUGUUUGUGUCAGUUAAGUAUUUAAAUUCACACGCAGAUGUCUGACAGUUUAUCCAUGUGUGUUUGUACCAUGUUUAUCCGUAGGAUUAAAAGCUGUAAAGAUUAUUACCAAAUUCUGGGAGUUGAAAAGACUGCAUCAGAGGAGGAUCUCAAAAAGGCUUACAGAAAAUUGGCCCUAAAAUUUCACCCGGAUAAGAAUCACGCACCUGGAGCCACAGAGGCAUUCAAAGGUAAAUCAAAACUCCUCCCCAGUGCUGAUCCCUGCAGAGACUUCAGAGUAAGCUGUACGUUUAUUUGUAUUUCUUAAUGUUUUUCAGCUAUUGGAAAUGCAUAUGCAGUGCUGAGUAACACAGAGAAACGAAGGCAGUAUGACCAGUAUGGAGAAGAGAGAUCACACCCAACUAGACACAGACACUAUCGGGAUUUCGAGGCAGACAUAUCGCCUGAGGACCUCUUCAACAUGUUCUUCGGUGGAGGAUUCCCAUCAAGUAAGUAGAGGCCAAAUGAAAACAGGCGCAGAGACCCAAGAGGGGCUUAUUAUUAUGUGUUUUAUGUUUUAUUACAUACAAAUAUUUUCUGCCUUUCAAAUCAACAUUUCCAAGAUAAGUUGUCUCUAUUUGAAAAUACCUCAAGUGUGAAAGUGAAUGUUGAUGUUUUGGCUCUAUUUCCAUAUUUCUUGUGAUAUAUUUGUUUAGAGGGACUAAAAGCCAACGAUUAGUCAGCACUCAUGCGGUCAGAUACUGCAAGUGUGUUAAAAGGUUUGUGCUGAGUCCUUUUAGAGUUUGCUCCACUCAGCUCUUAUCAGUGAUCACUCUGAGACAGAGCUGUCUGACUGGAUGAUCAGCCUUGUGAGGGACAGUAUUUCCCCACACAAGGAGAUACUAAGUGUAAGCUAGUCAUGUCAUUAUCUUCUCAUUAAUAUCUCACAAGACAAGACUAUUUUCGGGUUGUGCUCAGCUGGUUUGUGUUGUUCAUCUCUUUGUUUUUUAUUUAUCGAAACACAAGUUGCACCGCAGCUUAAUGUAGUUUGCUCUAAAUUGUUGUAAACUGGGUCAUAAUCCUCCUUAUUCUUUUUCAGGUAAUGUCCACGUUUACAGAAAUGGAAGAAUGCAUUUUGCACAACAUAACAGGCAAGAAAGAAGAGAACAACAGAGAGAUGUAAGCCCAGUUAAAAAGACGAAUAUCGCACAUGAAUUUGAUGUUAGUUUAUUUUUUGUCUUGUUUGUGGUAACUGUGUCGUUUUUUUUCCUGGACAGGGAGGUCUGGCUCUGUUUGUACAGCUGAUGCCAAUCUUAAUCCUCAUCAUCGUGUCCGCUCUCAGCCAGAUGAUGGUCACUCAGCCUCCGUACAGCCUUAGCUCCCGCCCGUGAGUGCUUAACUUUUUCAAAGAUAGGGCUUUAUGAGGACACGUAAGAUUAUCUUAUCUGCAGGGGUGGAUCAGAACAAAACAAUAUCUUGUCUUUACACAUUAGGUCGGCUGGACAUAUUCACAAAAGGCAUACGUCACACCUGAAGGUGCCUUUUUAUGUGGGAGAGCGUUUCAAUGAAGAAUAUACCGGGACGAACCUGAAGACUGUGGAGAGGAGUGUAGAAGAAGACUACAUCUCAAAUCUUAGAAACAACUGUUGGAAGGAAAAGCAGCAGAGUGAGUGCACACCACCUUUCUACAUUUGCUUGUCUGCUUUAUAACUAAAUUCUCUUAUUUUGAGCCCUGAAACUGUGAUUUUCCUGACAUUUUUUCCUUAAUGUUGAAUCUAAGAUGGCUCUCUUUGUCUUAUUCUUUAUUACUGAAGUGAAAUGACACAUUUUGAGCUACUUAUAUCCCCCUCAGAAGAAUUAAAUCCCUGUCAAACUCUGCUCUUGUGCUUUCAGAGGAAGGCUUACUUUAUCGUGCUCGUUACUUUGGGGAUUCAGAGUUGUACCAAAGAGCACAGAGGAUGGGGACUCCCAGCUGUUCCAGACUAUCUGAGAUUCAGGUUAUAUUGGAUGGCUAGACACCAAGUGCAUACACACAAGUAAGUUAAAAUCAACAUUUCAAUGACUUUACGCUGAAACUGCAACUGUAUCAAGUAUAUCAAGAUCUUUGACGUGAUCUAUGCUCCCCAAAAGCACACUCAGAGUUUGAGUGUUGGAAUUUAAUUAAAAACUCGCCUCAAACGUGAUAUUCAGUCAAGCUGUAAGCUCAGAUUUAUAUUUAUCUUAUUGACACAUGGAAAUGCAGGAGUAAGCAGGGACUGACACUCGAUAUUCAGGAGUCAGCUGAGUUGUCUCGUGUGUUUCCUUCAAGCCCUCUAAUACACCAACACAGUCCACUUUUAACUGCAGUACUUUUCUUGUACAGCAUUAAAAAAGAAUCAUUCAAAGCAUCUGAAGCAACAUUUUUUCAUGUUGCUGUUCUUCUGAUAAAGCGUUACACGUGUGAUAAUGAUCAUGAACAAUUUGUGCAGAAAACCGGUCUGAUGUGCAUGCACAGAAACCCCACAACGAUCUCCUCUCUAAAUUGCUUCUUUUGUCUUCCAGGUUUGUUGGUACUUGAAUCUAAGUUGAUGAAAUCAGUUGGAGCGUACUGAAAUUGGAGCAUAUUUUUCUGCAGCAAACCAAGAGAAUCAAAAAAUGCCUUACGUGCAGUGGGCAGUGAACUCAUCAGGGAACCUCUCUGCAACUCUGUGUAGAUUGACUUCCUCUAGGACUGUGAGAAGCUUUGAGUUGACCGCUGACAUUUUCUUACUCUAGUGUCUUCAGGAUGGUGAGGGUCCGUCAGGCAUCGUGCUGGAAAGUAAGAGCGUAGUUGUCCGUUUGAUGGUAAAUGAAGCUGCUAAGAUAAGCUUUCUCUGUCCCAGUCUUUUUUUGUUUGUCUUUUUAACAUUUUGAGAAACCUCAUGGCCUUCUCAUAGACAGACGUCUGAGCCACUCACAAGGAAAGUGUGUAAUUUUUAUAGUUCUUACCACUGUAAAUAUUCAUUUUACUUUUAACAGUGCAGGGUUUUAUUGAAGUUAAUAUCAUUUACUAUAACAUUAUGUGGAUUUGCUUGUAGCCUGUUGGAUCAUAAGUAUUGAAAUUGUUGCACAGAAUAAAAGUAAACCAUAUUUAUUAAAUUAACAUGCUAAUACUGUAUGAAAGUUUCUUUGAAUUAAAUCUGUCCCAGUGGUUGA